CUCGACUACUUUCAGAAGAAAAGUUUUGCAACUUGCAAACUCGUCAAAAGUUUGUCCAGCACAAAGAAGUCGGUCUAUCAGCCGUAUAAAGGAUUAACGAGGAAGGAUGAAGCAAUCCGUGUAAUGACGUCGCCAUGUUUGUUCAUCUACAGGAAGGAUUGUAUAACUUUGUGUCAGAACUUUUGUUACAUAUUGCUCCAGGGUUGUUCAUGUAGCAGAGCUUUUAUUUUUCUUCCUCACUUGUCAUUGUGUUCUCUGCAUUGACCACACGGUUUGGAGUAUUUUUGUUUCUUUGUGGUGUUCCUACUGACUAUAAUUUCUAUAAACAAAACAAACCAAAAAGUGUCAGUAGAAGUGAAAUGAUGCCAAAGAUAAGUCUGAGUGCGGCGGUCACUGGGCUUCUGGUGCUCGGCUUCAUGUCGUCCUGCAGACCUGACACAUCUCCAUCCUGUCACGGAGCUUACGACCUGUACUUCGUGUUGGACAGGUCGGGAAGUGUCUCGACUGAUUGGAUCCAGAUCUAUGAGUUUGUGAAAAAUCUUGUAGAUCGAUUUGUAAGCCCCAAUAUGAGGGUUUCGUUCAUUGUUUUCUCAUCAAGCGCCGAAGUCAUUUUGCCUCUCACUGGAGACAGGGGACAGAUAGAGAAAGGCCUAAAUGCACUGAGUAAAGUUAUACCAGCAGGAGAUACAUACAUGCAUGAAGGAAUUAAAAAGGCGGCUGAGCAGAUAACAGAACAAACCAAAAAGUCUUCAAGCAUCAUAAUUGCAUUGACAGACGGGAAGCUCGCUGUAUAUGUCCAUGAUCUUACUGUACAACAGGCAGAUAAAGCAAGGGAGUAUGGAGCUCGUGUAUAUUGCGUGGGUGUUAAGGAUUUUGACAAAGAUCAGCUGGCUAUGGUGGCUGAUAGUCCUAAUCAAGUCUUCCCAGUCAAUGAGGGCUUUAAGGCUCUGAAAGGAAUUGUAAAUUCGAUCCUAAAGCAGUCAUGUACUGAGAUCUUAACACUUGAGCCGUCCAGUGUCUGUGUGAAUCAGUCUUUUAACAUGGUCCUCAAGGGGAAUGGAUUUAUGCAGGGACGAGACCAAGAUGGAGUCCUUUGCAGCUUUAUGGUGGAUGGUCAAACUUACUAUGAGAAAGCAACCACGGUGCGAAAUGACUAUGUGCUGUGUCCUGCACCAAUGCUUCAGUAUGCUGGACAAAAAAUGGAAGUUCUUAUCAGCUUGAAUGGGGGCAAGUCUUUUGUUACUAGUCCUUUCACCAUCACUGCUACAUCUUGUUCGGACGGGACCAUCGUGGCCAUUAUAUUCCUUGUGCUGUUGCUCCUUGUUGCUCUGGCUCUCAUGUGGUGGUUCUGGCCUCUGUGCUGCACUGUGGUUAUUAAAGACCCACCUCCUCAAAGACCUCCUCCUCCACCACCUCAACCAGAGGAGAGUCCACUUGCAAAGAAGAAAUGGCCAACUGUGGAUGCUUCGUAUUAUGGAGGAAGAGGGGCCGGGGGUAUCAAACGCAUGGAGGUACGCUGGGGUGAGAAGGGCUCAACAGAGGAGGGGGCGAGACUGGAAAAAGCCAAGAAUGCAGUGGUUUCAAUACCAGAAGAGGUGGAACAGCCGACGACCAAUAAGCCCAAACCUGCACCUGCUUACUAUCAAUCUGAAACGAAAUGGUACACUCCAAUCAAGGGUCGUCUGGAUGCACUAUGGGCUCUUCUGCGAAGACAGUAUGACCGAGUUUCCCUCAUGAGACCCAGUGGUACAGAAAAGGGACGCUGCAUGAAUUUCAAUCGAGUUUCUCAUCGCUAGAAAGACAUCAUGCAUCAAAAAAUAUUGAGAAAAUAUCAGAGGAAAAAUCAAAAAAACUGUUUAAGGGUUUGUUUAUUUGAUUUUUUUUUUCUUUUGAGAAAAUAUUCUUUGUCCAUUGGCCAUUGUAUUACAACAUGUAUUAGUUUAACAGCCUUUCGAUUGAUCCCAUUGGCCAUGCCAUUAUAUCUGAAUCUGUCUCCAUGUCUAAAGGCAUAACUUCCUAAUAUUUUAAGAUUAAUGUAUGAGGAAUCAAUCACAAGAGUUUGUGCCACAUUUGGGUUGUAUUUUUAUACACACCAAGGGUUUAACAUAUUCUGACCAUAUUGUGCCUUAUGUGGGGGUGAAAAAAAAAGGAGCUAAUUUUAAGGACACAGACGGAGGCUACUUUAGAGGGGAAAAUAAAAAAGAGAAAGUCUGUUUGGCGUUGGAGUCAAUAAUCCCAGUAGACUUGGUGAGUGCAGAAAGUCCAGUGCCUCUUGGCAAUGUCUCACCACAAAGCCUCUCCAGUAUCGCCCAGUGCCUAGCGGGACCUCUGUGACUGCAGAUCCUGUCAUUUUAACACUGAGAAGUGCACACGCAUGACAAACUGUAGACAGAACGCCCUAAGGUCCUGGAUGCGCUAGGACUUUGCCCUUUAGUUUUGUAGAGACACCUUUCCAUCAUCACGCACUCAGGAACAGAGUAAUUAACAGAGCGUUACAGUAUCUCUCCACGAGACAUCACAUGACCAAAGCUACCUUUUGGCGCUUUUCUGUAACUAAUAUAUUCCCUCAGUUAAAAAUGCACCUUAAUGUACAAAUAUAAAUAUAGAGAUAUAGCCGUCAAGCCACAGCUGAUCUUUAAAAUCUCUAACUUAAAAGUAUCAAACUUAAUUAAAUUAAUUAAAGGCACAACCAGUCAGCAUCCUUCAAAGCAUGUGCUCAUCUUUUUUUAUGCCUUUUGACACCUAAUGACCCAUUACUGUGUGUGCAUCAGUUGGAAUUAAAACACGCAUCAUGCAAAUCCCAAAAUACGAAUUCUGAAAGGGUGUCAGACGAACGAGUAUUGUUCAUUUCCAGAUAUUAUCCUCAUCUCACACACACACACACAAGCAAUAUAUAUUAUUUGUACAUCCGUCCGACGCGCUGUCAUGACGCCGUUCAGGAAAUGAUGCCAGUGCUGAUAGAAAUGCCGUCGGGGAAGAGGGCAGCAGCUGAAGGGAAAAAAAAGGCUCGAACGAUCCAGUCACUUUGGAUGCACUACUUCAGAUGCAGAAUGGAUAUUCGAGUGGAAAUCUGACAAAGCGCGCCAGCUUUGAUGGGAAGCAGUAUAGACAAUGACCAGUGGCUGGGUCAGUGGGAUGUCUCGAUGCAAGCAGGGAAGCUUAUCAAAUGACACUAAAAAUAAGUUCAACAACCAUCAAGUUUGAGGGGGAACGAAAAAGGGGUGCAGACGCUCCUAUUCUGUGUGCAGACGAGAGCAUGUAGACAGUAGGGGAAAUGCCAAAGCACGCCGCUCUAAUUAUUCCUUUGUUGUCUUCAUUUGAAAGCCGUGAUUUACUCCUCAGGCCGCAAACCAAAAAAAAGUCUUAAAAAUAAAUAAAUAAAUAAAUAAAUAAGCGUAUUUUGAACAAAUUCAUUGCAUUUUUUUGGGCGCAUACAAAAAUAUUAUUUGUCAUUCUUAUUUUAACAAAUGUCACAAUUUCAUGAACUGAUAUUCAAACUAAUUUGAUAUUUACACAGACUAACACAGCUUUUUUAUUAUACUAUCUCACAUAUAAAAGUUAUCAGCACAUUUCAGCCUUGGUCUCCAGUGCACUAUUGUGGAGAGCUUUGAGUCAUAGCAUUUAUAUAUAUAUACUUUCCACUCUUUUUCUUUUUAAAUGUAUUUUAUAUUUAUGUGUUUUUAUAAUUAUCACAUUGGGUCUCUUACUAUUUCUGCACAAUAAUGUACUUUCACAGGGAUUUGUGGCUUCAAUUAUACUGACGUGCCUCAUAAUCCAAUUUUGCACCUUUUUUAUUUACAAGAUUAAAAUUUCAAUCUAGUUCUGUGUGUAAACUUUUUAGUAAUCAAAAGCACCAGCAUGGAAAUUGGUCUGUUUUUAUUAUUAUUAUUAUUAUUAUUAUUAGUAGUAGUAGUAGUAGUAGUAGUAGUAGUAGUAGUAGUAAUAAUAAUAAUAAUAAUAAUAAUAAUAAUAUUUUUUGUGCUUUUUUUAGACUCAUUUUUUAAGUGGCAUGCAAAAACAUAAACAAAUACUAGCAAUCAUUAUAAUAAUAAUAGCAGAAAAUUAGCAGAAAAUGUUUCAAUAUUUUUUAAAUGAAAAUAUUCAAUUAAUUACAAAUGUUCAGCUUUAGGGCUUGACAUAAGAUUGCACUAGUGUCUUAUUAACAUUUUUGUUUUUAUGAAUUUUAAUGAUAAUGCUGUGAUUUUAAACUGAAUGUGUAAUUUAAUUGGCAUCCAAAGGAGAAAUCGUGUACAUUUUCAGGAAUAAUUUAUUUAACAAUAACACACAAGUUGAUGUGGAUCUGUUCCAACCUUACGAUCCUCCGUUUCUGUUCCAGUCAUUUUUAUUCAUAUUAAAUCUUGCUAAUAUUUCUCAUAUGCAUAUUGAAAAUGUGAAAAAUGAGUGAAAACAAGUUUGCUGGGUGAUGCCUCACACAUGGGCAUUAUUAGUGAGUGUACGCAGAGUGGUUAUAAGUGUAUUGUACAUUGCAGCAGUAUUCACAGAUAUAGUAGAAUGCUUCACAGGUGCUAAAAUAUCCUGUAUUAUCCUGUAAAACGUUGCUUUGCACUGUGAGUGAAAUCCGUCGUCAUGGAGCUUUGCUGAAACAUUUCAUUUGCAUUAUUGUUCUGUCCAUUUGUAUGAAAUAAAUGUAGCUAUAUUUUG